CGGGAGGGAAGGAAGGAAAAAGGGAGAGGACGGUGGCCGGCGGGGCUCAGCCGGCGCCGGAAAGCGAAAUCGCAAGACCAUCAUGGCGGCGCACCUGAAGAAACGGGUGUACGAAGAGUUCAGCAAAGUGGUCGUCCAGGUAACCGGCGAGGCCUUGGAAGUGGGGUGGGGAGGGGAGGAUGGGGCGAAACCUGCAAAGCUUCUUCGUCUCCCAUCCACGGCAAGGGCAAUGUCGCGCAGUGGUUAGAGUGGCGGCCUUCGGGUCCUGGGUUCAAAUCCUCCCACUCGAAGCUCACUGGGUGUGACCUCGGUGCGGGUGGGGGGGGAGGUAGCUGCUCUCGCCUCUCAUCCUGACCCUACCUCACAGAGUUGUUGUAAGGAUUAAACGAUGGCCUCUUAGAAGUGGGAGGGAUGUUUUCAGUGCAUUUGUUUUUCCUCUUGGCCUUAAUGUUUCUACGUGGGGCCUGUUGUUUGUUUGUAAGUCGAGUUGGGUUAGCCUGGGAAGGAUGAAAAGUGGCUAGUAAAUUCAUAAUGAUAAUGAUGAUGAUGAUGAUGAUGAUAAUAAUAGAAUUUAUUCAUUUCUGUCACAGACAAGUUCCAGCUCACACACAAUAUCAGGGAAGUCAUAAAACAUGAUAAGGCUACAUUUGAAUUUACAAUUGGGUAUAACAGGGGCAAUACAGAUAUAAGGUAAAGGUAAAGGUAUCCCUGCCCGUAUGGGCCAGUCUUGACAGACUCUAGGGUUGUGCGCUCAUCUCACUCUAUAGGCCGGGAGCCGGCGCUGUCCGCAGACACUUCCGGGUCACUUGGCCAGCGUGACAAGCUGCAUCUGGCGAGCCAGCGCAGCACACGGAACGCCGUUUACCUUCCCGCUGGUAAGCGGUCCCUAUUUAUCUACUUGCACCCGGGGGUGCUUUCGAACUGCUAGGUUGGCAGGCGCUGGGACCGAACGACGGGAGCGCACCCCGCCACGGGGAUUCGAACCGCCGACCAUGCGAUCGGCAAGUCCUAGGCGCUGAGGUUUUACCCACAGCGCCACCCGCGUCCCAAUACAGAUAUAGCAGCAGUUAAAAAUAUAUAAACUAAAUCUUAUCACUAAAAUAUACAGUGGUACCUCGGGUUACAGACGCUUCAGGUUACAUAUGCUUCAGUUUACAGACUCCGCCAACCCAGAAAUAGUACCUCGGGUUAAGAACUUUGCUUCAGGAUGAGAACAGAAAUAGUGCUCCGGCGGCACAGCAGCAGCAGGAGGCCCCAUUAGCUAAAGUGGUACCUCAGGUUAAGAACAGUUUCAGGUUAAGAAUGGACUUGCAGAACGAAUUAAGUUCUUAACUUGAGAUACCACUGUAACCCAAAAUUGUCAUUUAAGGCCUUAGUCAUUAUGGUAGCACAGCUUGUUCCCUAAGUUUUAUGGCAGUUGCACAGAAUUUGGCCUAAUAAUAAUAAUUAAAUGAGGCUGAUAGAGAACUGUGCAUGCCACUUGGAGCUCCUUGGAGGAGAAAGGCGAGGCAUAAAUGCAGUCGGUAAAUAAAUAAUGUUAAGGGGCAACGAUUGAGAAGCUAAUAUGCAGAGAGAGGCACUCUGGGUAGGUUGCAGGUUCGUUACGCUUGCUUACAAUUUGCCAGCUGAUUUCUUGGGAGUUGUGUGAUGAGCGGAAAACCUGCAGGCGAAAUGAUGCAUUUCUGGUAAUUGCCUCUGUCUGCAUGUUGGGAAAGCUUUAUCUGUUGGAUUUCUGCCUGGCAAAUGAUUUGAGAGCUCAGAAGCUGCUCAUCAAGAAAUGAAAUCGGAUCCCUCCUCCAAGUCUUGGAAUGUGACACUGUAACAUUUGGCAUUCAGGGUUUUUUUAAACCUCUUGUUUUGAGAGCUACCUUUGAAAGGCAGCAGCCCUUCUCUGUGGCAGCUCCCCAUUCCCCAAUUUAUUUAAUGUUCUUACCAGAGGGGCUCACCUGAUGCCAGCCUUGUCAUUGUUUCAGUACCAGGCAAAGGUAGGGUUAGUGAAAAGUGAAAAUCCAGACAGAUGUGUUGUAUUUUUAUUGUAACCCACUUUGGGACUUUCUUAAUGGGCAGCAAAGUACAAAUCUAAUGAAUACUGUAUUUUUCGCUCCAUAAGGUGCACCUACUUUUUUUUGGGGGGGGGGGAAUUCAAGAAAAGAAAAUAUGCGGCUCUUGGGGGCUUUUGCGGGAGGUGGGGGAAGUGAGAGAGCCUCGCUCUGUCCCUCCCCCCACCUCCCGCAAAAGCCAGGGAUAGCCACGCGAAGCCUCCCCAGGGCAGCGGGAUGAAGGCUCCCCGCUGCCCUGCGGAGGCUUCGCGGGCUACCCCAGAGCUGCUCGACCCAAAGAGCAGAUCGGGGAGCAGUGGAAAGGCUGCACACAGCCUUCCAGCUGCUCCCCAGGGCUGGCAGUAGGGGAAGCACAGCUUUCCCCCACCGCCAGCCCCACAAGCUCAGGGAGCAGCCUUUCCGCUGCUCCCCGACCUGCUCUUUGGGGAAAGCCACCACCAGCCCCAAAGAGCAGGUCAGGGAGCAGCAGAAAGGCUGAGCGCAGCCUUUCCGCUGCUCCCCGAGCUUGUGGGGCUUGCAGUGGGGAAAGCCGAGCUUCCCUCACCGCCAGCACCGGGGAGCAGCAGGAAGGCUGCGCGCAGCCUUUCCGCUGCUCCCCGCGCUUGUGGGGCUGGCGAGGGAAGCCCGGGUUUCCCCCCCCAGCCCCAGAGACCACACAUUUGCUCCAUAAGACGCACAGACAUUUCCCCGUAGAUUUUAAGAGGAAAAAAGUGCGUCUUAUGGAGUGAAAAAUACGGUAAUAAUAAUAAUAAAUUUUAUUUAUAUCCCUCCCUCCCCAGCCGAAGCCGGGCUCAGGGUAUAGCCCUUUCCCACAGUUUCCCCAAUUUGGUGAGCUCCUAAAGGCUCCUAGGAUGUUGUAGACAAGUGAAAUAGCGUGAAGCUAUAAUAACAGCAACAAGGAAGUUACUCUGGAACAACUUGUGGAGAACAAGUUAAUACUGCCGCUCUUGUUUGUUCGUGUGUGAAUGGAGCCUAACACAGCAUUCAUAUUUCAGCAACAGCAGCAUGAGGAAAUUUCAGCGAAGAAACUCCGACUGACCAAACCAAGUAAGUCGGCCGCACUCCAUGUGGAUCUGUGCAAGGCAACUUCACCAGCGGACGCUUUGCAGUACCUCCUUCAGUUUGCUCGGAAGCCAGUGGAAGCCGAAAGUGUGGAAGGAGUGGUCAGAAUCUUGCUGGAGCAUUAUUACAAGGUAGGGCCAAGGGGCGGUAUCUCACGGUAUCGCAAGGUGUCUUGGGAGCAAAAAUCAAUCGAUUUAUUGGGAUUUUAGGAACGAAAAUUAAAUGGUAAGUAGUUGAAAUUUGGGAGUAUUGUUUGCUACUGCACAGGUGACAGUGGUUGAGGAGGACCGUAUUGAAAGUCUACUUUUAUGUAAAUUCUGCAAUGGAUACUGCACACCCAGAUAGGGUUGGCUUGUGAAGGCUUUAGUCCUCCUUUUUCUCUUAUUGUCAUCCUAGGAGAACGAUCCUUCUGUGAGGUUGAAGGUUGCUUCCUUGCUGGGUUUGCUGACAAAGACUCCAGGCUUUUCUCCUGACUGCAUUCUGGACGAUGCCAUCAACACACUCCAAAAUGAGAGUAUGUGAUAUUUUCCAAAUGGAAUCUGGUGAGGUGUACAAAUACUUCCAGAUUUCACUUUGUUAGGGGUGGGGGUUGUUGUACGUGCACACUGCUUUCAUAUCGUUGCAUGAAAUUGCUUUAGAUUGAGUCACAUUAUAGGUAUCUGCCUAGACCAGGGAUAACCGGUGGUUAUGACCUCACCAUAUUAAUUGGACAACCUCCCAGCCUCUCCACCCAGGAAUGGGGAGAGUUUUAGACAAAAGCAUUUGGAUGGCACCUCAUUGAUUAGCCCUGAAAAUUGUUUGAAAAAUGGUUUGGUUUGCACAUCAUUACCAAGGUUUAGUGUGAAUGGGUGAGGAUGCGGGCUUCAGGAGAGGAGAUUGCAGGUGCCGGGCUGCUCCCUAGUCCUGCUGCUACUGUGCUGAGCUAAGUCAUGGCUUGCCAUAGUGUUUGGCUGAACCUGGGCUCAUGGUUUAGCUCUCUCCAGGCUUGCAGCAAGCUUGCAACCAAGGUUUGCCCUGUUUCUUAUGAAACUGGCUGACCAGUUCAGAAAAGUGGCAGUUUUUUGGGGGGGAAAUAAAGAGAAAAAAAAAUAUUUCCCCCCCAGGCAUGGGGCUGGCGUGGGGGAAGCCCGAGCUUCCCCCGACCCCAGCCCCCAGAACAGCCUGCUAUCCGCAAGGGAGCCGCGCCGGUCUCCCCAGGCUUGCAGAGAGCUGCACGAAGCCCGGGCGCGCUCUUCAGCGCCCCCCAGGCUUCGGAAUGCAGGCAGUUCUGCGCAACCUUUCGGAGCCCAGCGCGGCUUUGCGCCGGGCUCCCUAGGGUUGCGCAGAGCUGCGGGAAGCCGGGAGUGCAGGCAGCUAUGCGCAACCCUCGGGAGCCCGGCGCGGCUUUGUGCUGGUCUCCCAAGGGUUGCGCAGAGCUUCCUGAAGCCUGGAGAGCGAGAGGGGUCGGUGCGCACCGACCCCGCGUGCUGUCCAGGCUUCAGCGAAAGCCUGCAUUCCCCCCAUAGGACGCACACACAUUUCCCCUUCAUUUUUGGAGAGGAAAAAGUGCGUCCUAUAGGGCGAAAAAUACGGUCCUUCUGGGUUUCGGCGCAUGCGCAGAAGCACUGAAUCACAUCAUGUGCAGACGCAGCGCUGCGGGUUGCGAACGUGCCUCCCGCACGGAUUGUGUUCGCGACCCGAGGUAUGACUGUACCGUAAAAAAUGUACGAAACAGAAUCACUGGCGUUUCUCCUUUUGGCAGAGCAGAUGGAAAGACUAGAAGGCUGGUCUUCGUAUUAAUAAAAAGCCUGUGUGAUAUUUCAGAAUGGUGUUUGGAAAUUCAAGUGAAGAGUUAAAAUGAUUAAAUCAAAUGGUUACCUGCUUAGAUUGAGCGUAGUUGCUGGGCCAUGUGCCUCCAGACCCAGGACAUGAGUGAACGCAAGAUGAAAUAAUGACUUUCUUUUUUUUAAACUGUUUUUAAGAGUCCCACCAAGUUCUUGCUCAGCUGCUGGAUACCUUGUUGGUGAUUGGAAAGAAGCUCCAAGAAAGCCCUGCGGUGAGGAUGCGCCUGGUGGAUGUUGCCUGCAAGGUAAUUUGAACUAUUAAAUAUCGAAAUAUUUUUAGGUGGAGCGAAGCUUCCUUCAGCCUUAGAGCUGCUUUUCCCCUUCGGGGGUGGUAAGCAGGCUAGAGGCAAAAGCUGCGCAGAGCACUGGAUGCAAGUCUUACAGUCGGCUACAUUUCAGCCAGGCAAAAGUCAGAGGCUCUACAUAGCAGCCACCCAACACUCCUUUCCGUCCAUUCAGCCAAGAGGCAUUAUUACAGUUCAAGGACACUUGCAGCCAGGCAAAAAAUAGGGCCUAGAGCAAUGUAGGGAGGGAGCAUGACCUGAGAUGGAAAAGUGGCUUGGGGAGAGUUUUUUUAUUUUUUAAAAUAAUAAUAAUAAUAAUAAUAGUUUUUUAUUCAUUUUCUUGCACAGCCAUACAACCUCUGGCACCAAAAAUGUUCCAAAGAUAACAAAAUCCAAGUAAAGCCAACCUACAAACAAUAAACCAGACAGUGUAUAUAUAGAUUCACAAGUCUGCAUCGUUAUUCUCCCAAGGCUAUGUCCCCUUUGAACAAAUAUAACUUAAACGUUGCAUAAUCCAGAUAUUUUUAAAGACCAUUGGAACAGAUUUAACAGUAUUUUUUUAAUUGGUCUACAUUUUGAAAUCUGCCAAAAAUAUAUCUUUUUCCUCCCCCCAAAAACAGAACAUAACCUUUGUGUUAGUUAUUCAGUUAAUGUGCCAUUUUACUAUGCUUAACCCUUGUAAGAUUUUUGUCAGUAUAUUGCUGCUGAGAUUUAUUUAUUUUUAAUGUAAGAUGGCCUGGUUUUCUGCUGGGUGUGUAUGGAGAUUUAAUAAAGCCAAUCACCACCCCCCAAUUAUUGCUGAGAUUUCCCCAAAUUUGGCAACAUGCUUAAAAUAAAACCCUCUUCCCCAAAUUUGGCAACAUGCUUAAAAUUCCACUGCAUUUAAGACCCAACGUCCCCAAGAGUGUUGAAUCCCCAAACAAACCGGUUCAUUUUAAGAAACAAAAAACAAGAACUCAACAUGAGGUUCCUCCAACAAAGACAAACUGUCAGGAGAAGUUUGGGCUAAUCCAGGGGUUGACAAGGCUUACCGGGCCUGGGCCAGAUCACUCCUGUGGAGAUCCUUUGUGAGCUGGACCGACACAUUGCGAUGGCAGAUAUCGCGUCUGGGCAUGUCUGUGGCGCUGGAAAUUGCUUCUGCGCAUGCCCAGACACCGAAAACCGUGCCUGCGCAGAAGCGAUUUUCAGCGUCUGGGCAUGCGCAGAAGCGAUUUCUGGAGCUGCGGAAGAACAUCCCUGCACUGCGCUGCACCAGUUUAGCGCAGCGCGCGGGGACUCACUAAGUGGGCGGCUCGGUCCGGGGGUAGCCCGUGGGCCUUAGGUUGCUGACCUCUGGGCUAAUCCAUUCAUUCAUUUACUUCUUCCUUAUUCCUCAGCAUCUGACUGAUUCCUCCCACGGGGUAAGGACCAAAUGCCUCCUCCUGAUUGGCUACCUUGGGACUGUGGAAAAAGGCACCUCAAAAGAAGUCGAAGGCCAGCCUCCCAAAGACGUCCAGAAGAUCAUCGGGGAUCACUUCAGUGACCAGGAUCCUCGGGUUAGAACUGCGGCUAUAAAAGCAAUGGUAAGGGUCGGGAGCGCUGAGUUCAGCUUCUCUUAAAUCAAAAUCCUCCUUGAGUGUGGGGUGCGCAUUGGAGUCUACCAGGUGUUUCUGGGGUGAAUUUAGCCGCCACGAGGACUGUGAGUGGCCAGCAGGCAUAGCCAUGGGAUGGCAGUCGUCCCCCUUGUGAUAGGAAUUUUGAGGUCUUAGAUAUACGUUAAAUGUUCAUAAGUGUACCAACCAAGCACAUACAUAGAUCAGCACAGGAAGGCCAACCUGGAACCAUUUUUGAUUCCCAAACUGUCCCAAACUGACCAAAUGUUUUCUCUGCAAGGUCAAAGGAAAAUGGAAAAGCCUCUCCAUUGUCUUUUCCUUCACAAAUCCUGUCUUAAGGGCACAUUUAAGAUAGGGUGUGAGCCUGUGACCUGGCCCAGGAACUAAGUAUUUAUCACUACAAAAGACUAGCCAGGCUCCCCAGGAAAUCCAAUCAAGUAACCUGCCAGACAGGAGAUAAACAACGACAGGAGAAAAACAACAUUCAUAUUUUCUGUUUUAGACCGCCUUUUUGGUGAUGUAUGUAUGAUGUUUCUGGGGGUGGUCUUGAUCUACAGGGUGGCAAUUUCAAAAGUCUUUAUAAGGCCUUGCAUGCCAUUUUUCUGGGUCCCUCCUCUCUCCUGUGGGUGAGGGGAGCACCCUGUUGCAACAGAUCAAUAAAGAUCAAGCUUACUAGCUGCUUUGCUUCUCAAUAUUCUCUGGUUGGCCUCUGUUAUUCUCUCCUACCAAUAGGGAAUCCAUGUAAGGACUCUAUACGGGCUCUAGGAUACCCCAUACGGGGGAAAGGGCAAUUUUUAUUUACAACACGCUUUAAGGAAUUGGCCUUCCUUCCUAUCUCUUACUCCCUUCUUGGGUAGCCUUCCAUGAAAAGAAGGUGCUGACCAGGUUGUCAGAGGGAUUACCGUAUUUUUCGCUCCAUAAGACGCACUUACCCCCUCCUAAAAAGUAAGGGGAAAUGUGUGUGCGUCUUAUGGCGCGAAUGCAGACGGGAGGCUCAGCCCAGCGCUCCUUUUAAAGAGCCGUGUGGAGUGUGCGUGCGGCUCUUGGGGGCUUUUCCGGGAGGUGGGGGAAGGGACUGAUGGGCUGCCCUCUGUCCCUUCCCCCACCUCCCGGGAAAGCCAGUAAGAGCCACUGCCAGGCUCUGCUCAGCGCUCCCUUGUAAGGGCUCCCUUUCGUCCCUCAUCCCUCUUUGCUGGGAAGCCAGCAGAAGAGGCGCUGCGCAGCUAUCACUCUUGCUCUGCUGGCUUCUCAGCGAAGCAGGAGGAGGGACGGAAGGGUUUAAAGCAAGAAAAGCAAGAGCCGCUUACGUGCUCUGUGCAGAAUAUUUUUUUUCUUGCUUUCCCCCUCUAAAAACUAGGUGCGUCUUAUGAUCAGGUGCGUCUUAUAGAACGAAAAAUACGGUAUAACAGGGGUCGGCACAAGCGGCCCAAGGGGGUCAUUUUUUAAACGGCCCACAAGCCGCCCCCGAACCGAGCCGCUCGCUCGGCAAGUCCCUGCAUGCUGCGCUAAACCGGCAGAGCGGGGACUCGCUUCUGUGGCGCCGGAAAUCGCAUCUGUGCAGACGCGAUCCAGCCCACAGAGCAAUCUCCGUGGGAGUGAACCGGCCCAGGCGAGAUAAACCUUGCUGACCCCUGCAUUAUAAUAUUAAAUUGGUUCUCUUUGAGUGAUAAGGAGAAGGUGUGGCCAAAUCCUGGUGAUGGAGUCUCGACUGUUAAUGCCCAUCCAGUCGUCAUAGGAAAGGACGACCAAGCAGCAACCUUGCACAUGUGGCCUGAGUUCGAGUGCCGCAGUGUUUAAUGGGUCUGACUCCCGGGGGGAAAUGAACAUAGGAGUGUAGCCUUAAGCACAUAAUGGACUCAGUUGCAGGAUCUGGAUGUUUGAGACGGAGCUCGUAGCAAAGGUGGAAAAUAAUCUUGUAAGGUUAUCUCUGCGACUCAAUUUUUUUUUUCAGUCUCCAAUGCUGAUACCCUUAAUAGCUAAACUCCAGUAGCAAAUCCUUUAAGGACCUGCCCCUCUUGUGAUCUUUCCCACCCCUCCAUUGUUUAAAAAGAAUGUUUUGUUUUGGGUACUAUAAUCACAUUUUUUUUUGUUUUUUCCUACAGUUGCAGCUGCAUGAAAGGGGAUUAAAGUUGCAGCAAACCAUUUAUAGCCAGGUAAUUACUGUGUUCUGUGUGUUUAGUGUGGGGCCCUACCAUUAAACUGGGCUGUGGAGGAUGGCUGUGUCGCAAGUCUCGCUUCAGGAUAUUUUCGUUUCUUAAAUUUUUAAAUUGUGGCCACUGCAGGCCCAGCACGAGCCCCCAACAUGUUGAGGCAAAUGCCAGGGGCCCUGGAGGACCCACUGUAAUUUAAGUUAGCUGCUUCUUCCUCUUCUUCUUCUUCUUCUUCUUCCUUUAUUUUUAAACCGUUCCCAUUCUUUUAAUAGCUCACCACUAAAAAUCAGGAGUGACAAGCCUUCGGCCUGGGUGCCAUAUGUGCUCCUCCAGGAUUAUUUAUUUAUUUAUUUAUUAUUAAUGUUGCAAUACAUAUAUGAAAUCUUUACAUAUACAUAUACAUUUAUGAUACUUAUACAUUAUAUUUGUAAAUCCGCAUGUUCACAUUUCAUUAUGUACCAACAUUUAAGGGAAAGGUAAAGGGACCACUGACCAUUAGGUCCAGUCGUGGCCGACUCUGGGGUUGCGGCGCUCAUCUCGCUUUAUUGGCUGAGGGAGCCGGCAUACAGCUUCCGGGUCAUGUGGCCAGCAUGACUAAGCCACUUCUGGUGAACCAGAGCAGUGCACGGAAACGCCGUUUACCUUCCCGCCAGAGCGGUACCUGUUUAUAUACUUGCACUUUGAUGUGCUUUUGAACUGCUAGGUUGGCAGGAGCAGGGACUGAGCAACGAGAGCUCACCCUGUUGCGGGGAUUCAAACCGCCGACCUUCUGAUCGGCAAGUCCUAGGCUCUGUGGUUUAAUCCACAGCGCCACCCGCGUCCCCUCGUACCAACAUUUAUCCAUUUCUUAUUUCUUGCCCUGUGUCUUCCCUCCGCCCGUGCUUGACUUCCUUGUUAUAAUAAUACCAGGGAAGCUCCUACAGGAUUCUUUAUCCGGCGCUUGGGUAUCCCCGCUUGCGCGUUUUCUAAAAUUAAAGCUGACUGCUGACCCUUUGCACAAAUUACGCAAUCUGUGCUCUCUAAUGACUGCAUCAGAUUUGCAAUCCUCUCCCUGCCACCAAGCAAUGGGAAAAAAUCUUGUGAAAUGCAGCGUCCGCUGGCUUAGUGCUUGUUUGUUUUGAAACAGGAGAGUUGCUGGGUGUGAGCAAAUUAAUCAUCUUGGGAUCUCAAGCUCAAAAUAGGAAGCUAGCCAGCAUUAUUACCCAGAUGAUGAAAAGUUUCUCUCCCCCGGUGACAAACAAUAAUCUAAGUUUUAAGCAGUGCAGGGGGUGAGGCAGCCAUUAAUAACGAUCAUUGCAUGAUCCUUCCAUCCCUCUUUCCCUCAUCGGAGUUCAGCUCAGCAUCUCUUACGUUUUUACUCCCAACAACCCUGUAUGCAAGGCCCUGGCAUUAUAAUUUCGUUUAAAAGUAAGCGGAAAAGAUUUUAACCUCCUUUUCUGACUUCCCACCAACAAAGUGAAUGACCAUUUGGCUUUUAUGCUACUGGAUUGCGUAUGUGUGUAAAGAUGCCAUGGUCCCUAAAAGUGGCAGGACUCUCAAGAGCUUCCACUCUGAAGAGUGCCAAAAUUGGUCGGGGGGGGGGGGUUUCCAGAGUAGCUUGUGUGGAGGCUGAAAAAAAUCCUGUACGGCUUUUAGGCUCCCAGUCCCUGCUAUACUGGUUUGGAGUUGAAUAGAGUACUUAUUCACGCUAAAGGUAAAGGGACCCCUGACCAUUAGGUCCAGUUGUGGUCGACUCUGGGGUUGUGGCGCUCAUCUCGCUUUAUUGGCCGAGGGAGCCACCGUACAGCUUCCGGGUCAUGUGGCCAGCAUGACUAAGCCGCUUCUGGCGAACCAGAGCAGCGCAUGGAAACACCGUUUACCUUCCCGCCAGAGUGGUACCUAUUUAUCUACUUGCACUUUGAUGUGCUUUCAAACUGCUAGGUUGGCAGGAGCAGGGACCGAGCAACGGGAGCUCACCUCGUCGCGGGGAUUCGAACCGCCAACUUUCUGAUCGGCAAGCCCUAGGCUCUGUGGUUUAACCCACAGCGCCACCCGCGUCCCCCUUAUUCACGCUACACAUAGUUAAAUUUUGGAACUCACUCCCAUAGAAGGCAGUGAUGGCCAUCAACUUGGAUGGCUUUAAAGAGGAUCAGACAAAUUAAUGGAGGAAAGGGCUAUUGCUGCGUCCAACUGUGGAGGCAGUAAUGCUUCUGAUUACCAGUUAAUGGAAAACAAAGGAGGGGAGAGUGGUCUUGUGUUCAAAUCCUGAUCCCUUGUUUCCCACAGGAAUCUUUUUGGCCACUGUGAGCACAGGAUGCUGGACUAGAUGGUCCUUUGGCCUGAUCCAGCAGGCUCUUGUAAUAUUCCUGUGUUCAUCAGGGACUCAGGUUUCUUUUUACAGUGGUACCUUGGUUCUCAAACUUAAUCUGUUCCAGAAGUCCGUUCCAAAACCAAAAGCGUUCCCAAACCAAGGCGCACUUUCCCAUACAAAGUACAGAGGACGCUCGGGUUGCGAACGUGAUCUGUGCGGGAUGCACGUUCGCAACCUGUAGCGGCGCGUCUGCGUGCUCGCGGGUUGCGAUUCGGCGCUUCUGCGCAUGCGCAAAGCACGAUUUAGCGCUUCUGUGCAUGUGUGACCACCGAAACCCGGAAAUAACCUGUUCCGGUACUUCUGGCUUUCGGCGAUACGGAACCCGAAAAAACGUAACCUGGAGUGUCUGAAACCAGAGAUAUGACUGUAAUGCACAAUGGAUUAAUCCGUUCCAGACUUUUAUAAACAACCCCAAAAACAGCAAUUUUAACAUGAAUUUUACUAUCGAACAAGACCACUGAUCCAUAAAAGGAAAGCAAUAAAGAAUGUACUACAGUCAUACAAUCCAUCCAUCAGUAGCUGAACUGGGUUCCACACAGUCACAAAAACAAAAAUGCAAAAUAAAUAGCAAAAACAGCCAGACCUCAGCGUAACACUCAAAAUGGAAGCAUGGCACUCAAAUCGGAAACCUAACGCUCAAAACGGAGCACGUUCGGCUUCUGAAAAAAGUUCGCAAACCGGAACGCUUACUUCUGGGUUUGCCGUGCUUGGGUUCCAAGUUUUUGAGUACCAAGGCGUUUGAGAACCAAGGUACCACUGUAUUUUUUAAUUGGCUAGUUCCUCCAGUUCGUAUCCUGCAGAUUGUUGUUGUUGUUUAGUCGUUUAGUCGUGUCCGACUUUUCGUGACCCCACGGACCAGAGCACGCCAGGCACUCCUGUCUCCCACUGCCUCCCGCAGUUUGGUCAGACUCAUGUUUGUAGCUUUGAGAACACUGUCCAGCCAUCUCGUCCUCUGUCGUCCCCUUCUCCUUGUGCCCUCCAUCUUUCCCAACAUCAGGGUCUUUUCCAGGGAGACUUCUCUUCUCAUGAGGUGGCCAAAGUCUUGGAGCCUCAGCUUCAGGAUCUGUCCUUCCAGUGAGCACUCAGGGCUGAUUUCCUUCAGAAUGGAGAGGUUUGAUCUUCUUGCAGUCCAUGGGACUGCAAGAAGAUUAAACCUCUGCAGAUUACUAAACUUCUUAUAAAGCAUGCAAUAUAAAUAUUGGUGGAAGGACUUAGGGUUGAUGGUAGCUGACUGGAGAUCUUCCUUUUCAGGCAUGCAAACUCUUAACUGACGACUACGAACAGGUUCGCAGUGCUGCGGUUCAGCUUACUUGGGUCCUCAGUCAGCUUUAUCCAGAAAGGUAUGCAUGGAAUACCUAGCAGUCCUAAACGAAGGGGUGGGGUUCAGUAAUGACCAGUCUUGUAAAGUUAAAAGACUGCAAAGUUUUCUUUUUCCUGAGUUUCCAUGCUGUGUGGGCAUGCGUCAGAGAACGAGAGAGAGAGUCGUCCUGCAGUUAAUCAAACAAACCGUGACUUAUUUCUCCACGGUCUGUUUUGUUUUCCUGCUGUUCUUUGCCUCAAGCCCCUUUUAAGCAUUUUCAGUCGGCAUCUCGCGUAAGGUAGCAAAACAAACCAUGGUUAAGGGAGUGUUCUGGGGUUGCGUGUGAUGUCAAACCACAGUUGAAAGAAACCAAGGUUUGUAAUCCAGCCCCAACUCAUAGCGUCAGGUUGUGGUUUGUUGGCAGUAAACAAACCAUAGUUAAACCACUGGGCAGAAUGAGGACGCUCAAAUGAUGAUUUAAUAAACUGGCCAAGCAUAAUGUAUAAACCAGACAUAUGGUAUAUGAAGCUUAACUAAAUGUUAUGGAAACCAUGGUUUGUUCAAAAGCUUUAUUUUAAAAGUACAUUGGCUGUGGGUUUUUCCCCAGCAUGGAGCCCUGGUUACUUGGUGUUCACUUAAUGAAACAUGCCUUUUAUUUACGCAAGCUGAAUUGGGCAAGUGUGUUGGGUCGGAUUCCCCAUCCCUCUCUCCAUUCACAACAUUUGUAGGGAAUGGUAUAGAAGAUUUAACUCUCAGCCAACCCUGGUUCAGCAGUUGAGAACAAACCUAGGUAUGAAACAUUGGUACAGCACCUUGUCUCUCUUUCUCUUCCUCCCCACCCCUUCAGCAUUGUCCCAAUCCCUUCCUCCAACGAAGAAAUCCGCCUAGUGGAUGAUGCAUUUGGGAAGAUUUGUCACAUGGUCAGUGAUGGCUCCUGGGUGGUACGAGUACAAGCUGCUAAACUCUUGGUAAGUGCCUUUGCCCCUGUCAUCUCCUUACGCUGUUGGAAAAGAGAGCAAGCUUUUUUUUUAAAAAAAUAAAAUAUUUAUUAAAAUUUAAACAUGACAAAAAAAAGAAAAGAAAAACAAGAGAGAAAUAUACAAAACAGCAACAAUACCAAGAAAAAAGAAAAGAAAAGAAAAGAAAAGAAAAGAAAAGCAUUAAAAAAAACCCAAAAGAGAACAGACAAACAUACAAAAGAGCCCCAUAUUUUCAUAUCCUUAUCUUUCAUUAGCUUAUUUCCUCGACUUCCUCACACCUCCUUUUUUGUAUUCUAGUUCAAUUAAAUGUUCUAGCAGGUCCUUUCCCUCUUUCACAAAUUUAGUUCCAUAAUUUAAUUUAACAAAAUUUUGAACUUAAAUUUACAUCUUUGCCCAAUGUCAGCUAUUCAUACUUAAUUCUUUAUAAUAUUUCUACUAAAGUCAUAUAACUUCUUUCCAGCAUCUUUCUAACAUUCAUUAAUUUUAGAAUAUUUCUGUAGAUAAGCUUUAAAUUUCUUCCAAUCUUCUUCCACCGACUCUUCUCCCUGGUCUCGGAUUCUACCAGUCAUUUCCGCCAAUUCCAUAUAAUCCAUCAGCUUCAUCUGCCAUUCUUCCCGGAAAAGAGAGCAAGCUGUCCGUCGGAACAUGAAAUGCAAGAGGUUUGUGAAACCUCUGGAACAUAAGAAGAGACUGGCUUCUGGAUCAGGCCAAAGUCCUGUCUGAUCUAGCAUCCUAUCCUCACAGUGACCAACCAGUUAGGGAAGCCCGCCAGCAAAACCUGACCACAACAGCACACUCUGCACUCGUGAAAUUCCUAGCCACUGGUAUUCAGAGGCAUUCUGUCUCUGACUGUGUAGCAGGGUUUCCCCAGCUUGGGUCUCCAGCUGUUUUUGGACUACAACUCCCAUCAUCCCUAGCUAGUAGGGACAGUGGUCAGGGAUGAUGGGAAUUGUAGUCCAACAACAGGUGGAGACCCAAGCUUGGGAAACCCUGGUGUAGAGCAUAGCCAUCGUGACUGCUAGACAUUACUAUAGUGGUACCUCGGAUUACAUAUGCUUCAGGUUACAGGCUCCGCUAACCCAGAAAUAUUACCUCGGGUUAAGAACUUUGCUUCAGGAUGAGAACAGAAAUCGUGCUCCGGUGGCACGGCAGCGGCAGCAGGAGGCCCCAAUAGCUAAAGUGGUGCUUCAGGUUAAGAGCAGUUUCAGGUUAAGUACGGACCUCCGGAACGAAUUAAGUACUUAACCCAAGGUACCACUGUAACCCACGGUACAGUGGUACCUCGGGUUGCAGACGCUUCAGGUUACAGACUCUGCUAACCCAGAAAUAGUACCUCAGGUUAAGAACUUUAACUCAGGAUGAGAACAGAAAUCACGCGCCAGCGACGUGGCAGCAGCGGGAGGCCCCAUUAGCAAAAGUGGUACCUCAAGUUAAAAACGGACCUCUAGAAUGAAUUAAGUUCUUAACCCGAGGUACCACUGUAGUACAGUGGUACCUCGGGUUACAGACGCUUCAGGUUACAGAUGCUUCAGGUUACAGACUCCGGUAACCCAGAAAUAGUACCUCGGGUUAAGAACUUUGCUUCAGGAUGAGAACAGAAAUCGUGCUCUGGUGGCGCGGCGGCAGCGGGAGGCCCCAUUAGCUAAAGUGGUGCUUCAGGUUAAGAACAGUUUCAGGUUAAGAACGGACUUCCAGAAUGAAUUAAGUUCUUAACCUGAGGUACCACUGUAGUAAUCUUCCACGAAUUUGUCUGAAUGCCUUUAAGAGAAUAAGGAGAGCCUGCAGGAUCAGGCCUUCAGAGGCAUACCACCCCCCCAGUAAUAGCAGCCAUUGCCAACACGGUGCCCUCCACUUUUUGGACUACAACUCCCACUAGCCAGCUGUUUUAAGGCUGUGCUGCCUGGGGCUGGUGGGAGUCUGAAACAUCUGGAGGGCACCAGGUUGGGAAAGGCUGCUCUAGAUUUAGCUUGGGCCGCCUCCUGUGAAUGGAUUGAUAUAGCCUCUCCCUAAAGCUCAGUUGGGUGGAGUCUGCAUUGGCUACAACACUCCCCCACCCAAACCUGCCUUGAUGAAGGAAAGAGGUCCUGAUUCUGGUAUAGCUUGAGUGGCAGUUUUUGGGUCAUUUUGAGGGGUGGCUAAUGCCAGGAAAUAUAUUGGAGUAAAAAAGAAAAAUUCAAAAAAGUGAAAAGAACAUAGAGAUGGGAAGCAGAGAGUUUCCCUUCCCAAAACAAUAACAACAAUUUAUUUCUUAUACCCUGCCAGUAUGACUGGGUUACCCCAGCCGCUCUGUGUGGCUUCCAACAAAAUGCAGAGAGAAAGAAAAGAAGUAUGAAACCUUAAAAGCUUUCCGAAACAAGGCUGCCAAUCAAAUGGCAACAGGGAAUAAGAAAGUGGGGCUGUGUGUCACACGGUCUUUCCUCCGUGCCAUGGCUAAAAAGUGAACCUGAUUGCCAGUCGACUUGGGAUGGACAGGCAGAACAAAGCGGAACAGACGUGAAAAAUUUCUUUGCCACGAGAUGUGGUGACAGCCACUGGCUUGGAAGGUGACAAAACAGAUUGGAGAAGGAGAAGGAGAGGUCUUUUAACAGCCAUUAGCCCGAUAGCUACCGUAUUUUUCACUCUAUAAGAUGCACCAGACCACAAGACGCACCUAGUUUUUGGAGGAGGAAAACAAGAAAAAAAAAUUUCUGAAUUUCAGGAGCCGGAACAGCAAGAGGGAUCGCUGCGCAGUGAAAGCAGCAAUCCCUUUUAAUGUUCUGGCUUCUGUGAUAGAUGCGCAGGCUGCAUUCGCUCCAUAAGACGCACACACAUUUCCCCUUUUUGGGAGGGAAAAAGUGAGUCUUAUAGAGCAAAAAAUAAGAUACAUAGACCCUCCUUGUUCGGAAGCAAUGUAUCUCUUAUGCUGAGGACUAACAGCCAGGAUUUUUAUCUCACCUGUGCUUUGUUCAAAAUCACCCUGUUGCUAACUUGCCUCUUUCCCCUCCUUUGUCCCAGGGCUCUAUGCAGCAAGUUAGUUCUCACUUCUUAGAACAGACCCUGGACAAGAAGCUGAUGUCAGACCUGAGGGUACAGAAACUUCUUUUAUUUUAUUUUUGAUCCUUUCUGCUGUGCAUCCCGUGUCCUAACCUUGGCAUGCCGGAAAGUUGCACGACAGGUUCCUUCCUGAUGGUCCUCGGAUCCUUUUCUCUGUCUGCAGGAGAUCAGAAGCUGGCUUUCUGGCAGGUUGAAGCCAGUGAAAUUUGAGCCUCGGCUGCAUUUGCUCAGUCUUUGUCAGCUUGCAGUAAAUCUCCCCCAGGCCAUUCUGGUUUCUUUGGUGAAGGGUUCCCCGCACAUCUUAAGUCACAGCAAUUUGGCAUGCAGAAACUGAACGCUGAACUAAUGGCUUUCGAUAUUUGCAGAACUUUGGCAGCUGUUUCAAAUGAGCGCCACAAGAAGGCACUGAAGAUUCUGGGUGCCUUGUGUGUUGCUCUUGCUUCUGCUGUGGAGUUUUGUUAAUGGCCUUGGGUGUGCACUUUAUGUUACCAUUCAUAUAACCAACAACAACAAAUUUAAUUUUUUUGUUCCGUGCCCUCUGAUUCGGUUGCCCCGGCCACUCUGGGCAGCUUCCAACAGAAUAUACAAAAGCACAACAGAACAUCACACAUUAAAAGCUUCCUGAUAGCUUGGCAUUUGAAUGUGCUGGCUCUAGUUGGGCAUCUAGACAGUUAAUGCAUAUCAUAUAUAAUAAUAAUAUAACAAUAAUAAUUUAUUAUUUAUACCCUGCCCAUCUGGCUGGGUUUCCCCAGCCACUCUGGGCGACUUCCAACAGAACAUUAAAAGCUUCCCUAAACAGCGAGUGGCGCUGUGGUCUAAAUCACCGAGCCUCUUCGACUUGCUGAUCAGAAGGUUGGCGGUUCAAAUCCCCGUGACGGAGUGAGCUCCCAUUGCUUUGUCCCAGCUCCUGCCAACCUAGCAGUUCGAAAACCUGCCAGUGCAAGUGGAUAAAUAGGUACCACUGUGGUGGGAAGGUAAAUGGCAUUUCCGUGCACUCUGGUUUCCGUCACUGUGUCCCGUUGUGCCAAAAGCGGUUUAGUCAUGCUGGCCACAUGAACCGGAAAGCUGUCAGCAGAUAAACGCCGGCUCCCUUGGCCUGAAAGCAAGAUGAGUGCUGCAACCCCAUAGUCGCCUUUGACUGGAUUUAACCGUCCAGGGGUCCUUUACCUUUACGUUAUUGUCGAACGUAAUCCAUUCCGGAAGACCGUUCGCCUUCCAAAAUAUUCAACAACCGAGGUAAAGGAGCUGGCUGCAAGUUCAGUUGAGAAAAUUGAAAAACACGCAGCGAAAGCCGUUCGACUUCCAAGGUGCGUUCGAAAACGGAAGCGUUUACUUCUGGGUUUUCGGUGUUCGAAAACCAAAAUGUUCGGCUUCUGAGGCACUCGAAAACCGAGGUACUGCUGUAUAAGAAAUUGUCUCUGCAUACCAUUUCCGGCAUGUGACGUUUACGCUUUUUGCAUCUGCAGCGGAAACGCACAGCCCACGAACGAGCCAAAGAGCUUUUCAGCUCCGGGGAGUUCUCAAGUGGCAGAAAAUGGGGUGACGACGCUCCCAAAGAAGAAGUAGACACCGGAGCUGUGAACCUAAUUGAGUCGGGUGCCUGUGGGGCGUUUGUCCACGGGCUGGAAGAUGAGAUGUACGGUGCGUGAAGGCUUUGCCGCUGAUAUCGCCCCUUAAAAAGAUCCUUGCUGACUAAAACAGUUAGAAGGGUGUGUGUGUGUGUGUGUGUGUGUGUGUGUGUGUGUGGAGUCCUUAAAGAGGACCUGGUCCUCCCCAACCCCAGCAAAAAUACAUAGGGGCAGCCCACACCGGAUGCUCUGACCUUUUUUUUCUCUCGCUCUGCAUUUCUCAGAGGUCCGCAUUGCUGCGGUGGAGGCCCUCUGCAUGCUGGCCCAGUCCUCGCCCUCUUUUGCAGAGAAGUGCCUCGAUUUCCUGGUUGACAUGUUCAACGACGAGAUCGAGGAGGUGAGGCUCCAGUCGAUCCAUACCAUGAGGAAGAUCUCCAACAACAUCACUCUCCGGGAGGACCAGCUGGACACCGUCCUCGGGGUCUUGGAGGCAAGUGUUCCUCCUCCCUUGCCGACAGAGCUUUAUUUGGUCCGCUUUUCGAGUUGUUCUCAACCUAGCUGUGGGGUUUUUUCUCCCUCGGUUGCUCCGGGUUCAUGUUUUUCCAUCACUUGCUGAUAGGGGCAGCUAUCCUUCCCAUAACUGUUGGAGGAUUUGGGAGUGAGCCAUGGGCUUGUGCUCACCCUUCGCUCUUCUCAUGCGUCAGUUCUCCCCCCCCCCCCCACUUAUGGGUUGUCUGAUUCUGCUGUCCUGCCAAAUUGCGGCCAACCCUAACUUCUAAGUGCAUGAUUCCCAGCGACGUAGAAAGCUGCAAAUUAGCUUCCGGGCCCAAUUCAAACGGUUGGUUUUGACCUAUAAAGCCUGAAAUGGCUCAGGGCCACAAUAACUCAAGGACCUCCUCUCCCCAUAUAAUCAUCAUCAUCAUCAUUAUCAUCUGGGUGGCUUCCAACACAAUAUUAAAAUACAAUAACUAACCUAUUAAACAUUAAAAGCUUCCCUAAACAAGGCUGCCUUCAGAUAUCUUCUAAAAGUCUGGUAGUUGUUUUUCUCUUUGACAUCUGGUGGGCGUUCCACAGGGUGGGUGCCACUACCGAGAAGCCCUCUGCCUGGUUCCCUGUAACUUGGCUUCUCGCAAUGAGGGAACCGCCAGAAGACCCUCAGCACUGGACCUCAGUGUCCGGGCUGGAUGAUGGGGGUGGAGACGCUUCUUCAGGUCUACUGCUGAUGCCGUUUAGGGCUUUAAAGGUCAGCACCAACACUUUGAAUUGUGCUCGGAAACAUACUGGGAGCCAGCGUAGGUCUUUCAGGACCGGUGUUAUAUGGUUUUGGCAGCCGAACCACACUCUGCAUUCAUCAUCUAAGGCCCUUCUUCAUGUGCCUCCUCCGUGUGAGGUCCGGAGGGUUGCAAUACAAGAACGGGCCUUUUCUGCGGCAGCUCCCUGUUUGUAGAAUGCUUUCCCAGGGAGGUUCGCCUGGUGCCUUCAUUAUACUCCUUUAGGCGCCAGGCAAAACAUUCCUCUUCAGCCAGGCCUUUGGCUGAUUCAUUGUUCACAGCCUUUUAAAUGUGUUUUUUUUUGGGAGGGGGUGGAAUUGUUUGAUUUGGUUUUAAUUAUUGCUUGUGUUUUAAUCUUUUGUUUUAUUCUGUGAACUGCCCUGAGAUCUUGAAUGAAGGGCGGUAUAUAAAGUUAAUAAACAAAAUACAGUGGUACCUCUGGUUAAGAACUUAAUUUGUUCUGGAGGUCCGUUCUUAAGCUGAAACUGUUCUUAACCUGAGGUACCACUUUAGCUAAUGGGGCCUCCCGCUGCCGCGCGAUUUCUGUUCUCAUCCUGGAGCAAAGUUCUUAAUCUGAGGUACUAUUUCUGGGUUAGCAGAGUCUGUAACCUGAAGCGUCUGUAACCUGAAGUGUCUGUAACCCGAGGUAAAAAGGUAAAGGUAAAGGACCAUUAGGUCCAGUCGUGACCGACUCUGGGGUUGCAGCGCUCUUCUCGCUUUAUUGGCCGAGGGAGCCGGCGUACAGCUUCCGGGUCAUGUGGCCAGCAUGACUAAGCUGCUUCUGGCGAACCAGAGCAGCGCACGGAAACACCAUUUACCUUCCCGCCGGAGCGGUACCUAUUUAUCUACUUGCACUUAUCUACUUGACGUGCUUUUGAGCUGUUAGGUUGGCAGGAGCUGGGACCGAGCAACGGGAGCUCACCCCGUCACGGGGAUUUGAACCGCCGACCUUCUGAUCGGCAAGUCCUAGGCUCUGUGGUUUAACCCACGCGCCACCUGCAUCCGUAACCCGAGGUACCACUGUAAUAAAAAACCAAAUCAGGCUUCUGGUCCACCUGGGCUCAAUACUGCCUGCCCAGACACGCAGUAGCUCUCCAGGGUUUUAGCACCUAAGAUGCGGCCUUAUACUCGCUCAAAGCAGCCCACCACUCUGGGCGUUAUGCGUAGAACCCACAAGCAAGUGCCCCCAAGACCACCUGUAAUAUUCUGUGCCUUUUUGUGCUGCUUUUAGGAUUCUUCCCGAGACAUCCGGGAGGCUCUCCACGAGCUGCUGUGUUGCACCAACGUCUCGACGAAAGAAGGCAUCCAUCUUGCCCUGGUGGAGCUCCUGAAAAACCUCACCAAGUAUCCUACCGAUAGGGAUUCCAUCUGGAAGUAAGUGCCGCUUCCUUAGACCAGUGAACUCCUCUUCUGGGGGCCACAUUCAUUCAUUCAUUCACUGAACUUGCUAGCCACUUUUUCUUUUUUCUUUACAAAAAGGAGCUCAAAGCAACUUAGAAAAAACAGCACAUGUACGCAGGUCCUGCUCGUUAUCCAAAAAUUCACUUUUCCAAACACAAAGAAUUAUACCCAAAGCUCACUACAUGCGCAACUGAUUCAGAUAUCCAAACAGCUGGGGUUUGCCCACUUCCUUACUUGUUUGUGGUUUGAGUAUAGAUAAUGCUGUUCGUUAUUAUUUAUAUGGCGGGUGUCCUGCUUUUGGUUUCCUCCCCAUAAAUGUUAUAUUAGACGAUAUAUUGAUCGCAUGAUCCCCCCUUUUUUUCUUCCCUUAUGAUAGUGUGUGUGUGUAUCGCUCUAAAUCACUUGGGCACUGUGGCGAUUACACAGGGUCCCUGGAUGUUUAACGGUCUCUUGAUCCCUGUGCCACCACUGUGCUCUCUUCCCUGCUGCCACCAACCCGUUACUCUCUGGUAAAACACUGAGUCCAGACAGUUGUUAAAAGUGAACCAAAUAAACAAGUUUAUUUUACAAACAUUAACAAGUUUAUGGUUUCUCAGAUAAUAUUCCUGCUAGUAUCUUAACUUUGGUUUCUUUACCGGCCUAUACCUUCCUAAUACCUUCUGACUGAUUAUCUCAACUGUUUGACUGACUCCUCUUAACCAAUUCUUUCACUCUCUCACACCAGACUAGCCCAACCCACAGACUUAUCUUCUCUGUCUCUUCUAACUCCAGACUGUCUUCUCAACCACCCUAAAAACUCCUCCCAAAAACCUCUGUGCUUAAACCUUAUACUGUACACAGUUAACUCUGCCCCCUGGGUUCCCAUUGGUUAGUCAUUUUACACUUAGUUAACCCUUUCCUUAUGAACCCAGUAUGAUGUCACACAGCAAUAAUAAUAAUAAUAAUAAUAAUAAUAAUAAUAAUAAUAAUUUAUUAUUUGUACCCCGCCCAUCCCCCAGCCACUCUGGGCGGCUUCCACAAAGACCAAAAAUACACUAAGAUGUCACACAUUAAAAACUUCCCUGAACAGGGCUGCCUUAAGAUGUCUUCUGAAUGUUAGAUAGUUGUUUAUCUCUUUGACAUCUGAUGGGAGGGCGUUCCACAGGGCGGGCGCCACCACCAAGAAGGCCCUCUGCCUGGUUCCCUGUAACUUGGCUUCUCGCAAUGAGGGAACCGCCAGAAGGCCCUCGGCGCUGGACCUCAGUGUCCGGGCAGAACGAUGGGGGUGGAGACGCUCUUGCCCUAGGAGGGCAAACACCACAGGCACCUUCUGGUGACAAGUGACUAGUAAGUUUCCUUAAAAUUCUCAACCAUCUUUGUGUUGGGGUUAUUGUGAAAGGGAACCUCUGUAUCUUUUAGAUGUUCACCAGUUUGAAUCUCUGUGUUAUAGGUGCUUGAAGUUCCUGGGAGGCAGACAUCCUACUUUGGUGCUUCCACUUGUUCCUGAACUUCUAGGGACCCAUCCUUUCUUCGACACCCCAGAGCCUGACAUGGAUGACCCAGCUUGUAUCCUCUUUUUUUGCUACCCCCUCUCCUUCCCUCUGAAUAAUGCUUGGCUGACCAGACCACACCGAGCCGUUGUUAAAGAACCAUGGUUGUCACUUGACUGACAAACCAGAACUGGAAACCGUGGGUUGAAAUAGGCUUGUAAACUAUGGUUUGUGCUAUGUUUUGGUCUGAUAUCUUAAAUUAUAGUUUGGGAUCUUGAUUUUGGAGCACGGUAUGGUUUGCUGCAAACAAGAAGCAGAAACUAACCAUGGUUAUCCAUGACAUCAGAAUUUGAACAAUAUUUUGAUUGGGUUUUAUAAACAAGGAUAAUAGGAAUAAUAAAUGAUACAAACGGACCAAGUAUUCUCACAUCCUUUGUAUAUCACAAACAUAGCAGUAAUAUCUACAAUGUACGGUUCACAGUUAGUGGUCAGCGUGUAAGAUCUUGGCUCGUGACUUGAUUUAAACAAAAAGGAGAAACGGGAUGGAGCAGGCUUAACAUUUAACAUUGCAAAGCCAAACGCCUAAUCAGGAACCUUGUGGUUGUGCUUAUAUUAAGUAUGAGUGAUAUUUCAUUAUAUCUGAAUUGGAGAGCUUGCCCUUUCAACAGUUAAAAAGUUAAAGGGACCUCUGACCAUUAGGUCCAUUCGUGGCCGACUCUGGGGUUGUGGUGCUCAUCUCGCUUUACUGGCCGAGGGAGCCAGUGUAUAGCUUCUGGGUCAUGUGGCCAGCAUGACUAAGCCGCUUCUGGCGAACCAGAGCAGCGCACGAAAAUGCCGUUUACCUUCCCGCCGGAGCGGUACCUAUUUAUCUACUUGCACUUUGACGUGCUUUCGAACUGCUAGGUGGGCAGGAGCAGGGACCGAGCAACGGGAGCUCACCCCGUCGUGGGGAUUCUUCGAACUGCCGACCUUCUGAUCGGCAAAGUCCUAGGCUCUGUGGUUUAACCCACAGCGCCACCCGCGUCCCUUAUUCAGCGUCGAUCAAGACAAAGAAAACAUGUCUGCUCUCCUUCAUGUCUAAGAGCAGGAAGCACUAAGCAAAAACUAUACACAAACGGAAGUUCCUAGUGAGCUGUGCUGGAAUGUAAACAGACAUGUGACAUGCAACAAUCCACAUAUCUGUUCCUCUUAGGUGAAAUGGAACAUCAAUAUCCUAACACUGGAUUGGUGGCUCAGGGAAGUUUUUAAUAUGUAACGCUGUACUGUUUUUAACACUGAUUGGGAGCCGCCCAGAGGGGCUGGGGAAACUCAGCCAGAUGGGCGGGGUAUAAAUAAUAAAUUAUUAUUUUAUUAUUAUUAUUAUGGGCCCCUGCUGAUCACCGCCCCAUGCUCCGCAACCCUUGCUUUAUUACCUGUGAGCGUUCUCUUUGCAGCUUCUCUCCAAAGUUCCCCCUUGUGCGUCCAGUUGCUUUGGAAUCCUUCUUUUCCCUUAACCUGUGAUGCAAACAGACAUUGCGGUCCUGGUUCUCAUUUUCAACGCUGCCAAAUCGUGCCCAACCAUGCCAGCGCUCUUUUCAGAUCACACCUUUCGGCACUACGCUUACCUUCGGGACAGUCUCUCUCACCUCGUCCCUCCCUUGCGGGUAAGCCAGUCAAUGGUGUUAAUGCGUCUCCUGUUUUGUUUUGUUUGUUUCUGUUCCGCUUUCGGAGAAUUAACGCUCGUAGGAAGACAAAGCAGGCUGCCACUCCGGGUCCAGACAGCUACAAUACGCUGUGUAGUAGUAGUAAUAAUAAUAAUAAUAAUAAUAAUAAUAAUAAUAAUAAAUUUUAUUUAUACCCUGCCCUCCCCAGCCAAGGCUGGGCUCAGGGCGGCUAACAAGCAAUAAUAAAAAUAAGUUGAAUGAAUACAACUUAAAAACAAAAUUAAAAUACAACAUUAAAAUAUUGAAACAUUAAAAUAUUAAAAUGUAGCCUCAUCGCAGGAGGAGAAAGGAAAAGAAAAAAGAAAGAGGGAAUCAAAUUGGCUCCAAGCCAAAGGCCAGGCGGAACAACUCUGUCUUACGGGCCCUGUGGAAAGAAAUCAGAUCCUGCAGGGCCCUGGUCUCAUGAGGCAGAGCGUUCCAUCAGGUCGGAGCCAGAGUUGAAAAGGCCCUCGCUCUUGUUGAAGCUAAUCUAACUUCCUUAGGGCCCGGGACCACUAGGGUGCUGCUGUUUAUGGACCUUGAGGCUCUCCGUGGGGCAUACCGGGAGAGGCGGUCCCGUAGGUACGAGGGUCCUAGUAGAACACCUUCCAUUGCCUGAUGCCCUUCAAAUGUUUUGAACUACAACUCCCACCAGCAGCCAUGCUUUGAGCUCGCGGUUAGGCCUUGCUCUGGGUUCAUAGAGCGUUGGCCACCCUGGAGAGGCAGGGACUUUUGUGGGGUGGCAGGGACCUGCUUCCUGGGGGCAAGACCUAUCGGAGAUGAGUUGCUGUGCUCAUUCGGCCUGACACUCCCAGGCAGGUCAUGUUUUUGCUAAUAAAAGGUUAGCUCCGACUGGCUCGGUGUGAUUUGCUGCUGGCUCCCCUCCGACGCCACCGUGGGUGAAUUCUAAGAUGCAUCUGUACAACUGUGAGAUGGUAGAGUCCUGAGAUGGGGAGUGAACUGUACCACUGGAGGCUGCACUCAUAGAGCAGCAUUCAGCUGUGUUUUACUCAGAGGAGACCUGUUGAAGUGAAUGAACAUGACUACGUUAGGCCCAUUGAUUUCGGUGUGUCUGAGUAAAAUGUAGCUGAAUACCUAGAGCAGUGAUGAGAGAGGGCUUUUGCUUUCCUGGUGAGUUUGGUAAGCGCACCGGGCUGCAUCAUCCUUCUGCCAGUGAUUGGGUAGAUAGAUAGAUAAACUUUAUUUUAAUGUUGUAUUUUAAUUUUGUUUUUAAGUAUUUAUUCAGCUUAUUUUUAUUAUUGCUUGUUAGCCGCCCUGAGCCCUGCCUCAGCUGGGGAGGGCGGGGUAUAAAUAAAAAUUAUUAUUAUUAUUAUUAUUCGCAUUAGCCAACGGCCAUGGCAACAUAAAACAAGCAAUAUAUACAAAUAAAAAGACAACAAUGGGUAAAAACGGCAUUCAAAUGACCAAGGUUAUCAUUCAGAUAGUGGCGCUUAAUCUCAUUGCACUCUUGAUAAACCUAGCAACCUUUGCUGUUGUCUGAUCAUUUUGAUCUGAUAAAAGAAAGAACCAUGUGGCCUCAGAUGGGCGGCCUAGGAUGGUAAGUAAGAGUGGGGUAAUGAUCUCAUUCCUCAGAUCUUUAUAAAGGGGACAGGACAGAUUGGCCAGUGACUGGGUGCCAUCCGCUUUCUAUCGGUGAGCUUCCACAUGUCAGGGCCUGCUUGAAGGGGCAAAUUCUACUUCAGGCACUCAUUUUCAUGGGUCUUCUGGCUCUUGCUCUGCAGCAGUCCUUUCGGAAGAACAAUGGCAUGUCUUGAAGGUGGUCUCCAUCUCUGAUUGCUCCCUGGGGAGCAGUCACUGAAAUGCCAUCACUGAAGAUGGAUAGCAAAAGUGCAGAGGGGAGACAGAAAAUUCCAAAGUGGAACGUGAUCUGCUGAACUUGGCUCCUCUUUCUCUCUUUGCUUAGUUGCCUGGGAAAAAGCUGGCGUCCUCACCUGUGUCUGCUGGCCUCGCCCUCCAGGAAGACCCUUCCCAGGAAUUCCUGCAGCAGAGCCUCGAAAGAGUUUUCAACCUUCAGCACCUAGACCCACAGGGGACCCAGGAGCUGCUUGAAUUCACAAUUCGGUAAUAGUUUCUGAAAAACCAGGAGGUUGCGUUGACCCUUUGCCGAUUUGAGGAGCCUUCAGUGAUGCUGUGUGUGUGCUUUUCAGUUUCUGGGUUUCACUGGUUCCUUAAAAUGUUGAACAGCAAACCUGUGCAGAUAUCCUUAGUCCUCUGGUACAACUCUUUCUCUUUGCAUUGCAUAAAUGUUAACUCUGGCGCAGGGCCUGAGAGUGGAAGGAAACUUUGGCGGCAGGGACCCCUUGAUUCUGCUGGGUCAUCGAGGGUUCUGUUUCCCCAACAUGGGUUGUGGUAUCUAUUAUUUAUUCUACAGUGGUACCUCUGGUUGCGAACGGGAUCUGUUCUGGAGGCCCGCUCGCAACGUGAAAAGAGCGCAACCCACAGUGGCGCGUCUGCGCACACAUGGGUUGCGAUUCGCCAUUUCUGCGCAUGGUGUCAUUUUGCACUUCUGCGCAUGCGCGAGCGGCGAAACCCUGAAGUAUCUUUCCGGUACUUCCGGGUCGCCACGGGACGUAACCUGAAAGAACGUAACAUGAAGCGGACGUAACAUGAGGUAUAACUGUACAGUGGUACCUCAGGUUAAGUACUUAAUUCGUUUCGUUCUGGAGGCCCGUUCUUAAACUGAAACUGUUCUUAACCUGAAGCACCACUUUAGCUAAUGGGGCCUCCUCCUGCUGCCGCGCUGCCGGAGCACGAUUUCUGUUCUCAUCCUGAAGCAAAGUUCUUAACCUGAAGCACUAUUUCUGGGUUAGCGGAGUCUGUAACCUGAAGCAUAUGUAACCUGAAGCGUAUGUAACCUGAGGUACCACUGUAUUUAAAUUUAUAUCCUGCCCCUCCUCACAACGGAGCCCAGGGCAGCAAACAGCAAGCAGUAAAAGCAUCGAAGCCUCUUAAAAACAAUUCCAAUGCAGAUGCAGACCUGACUUCUUCAGACUUAUUUAUUUGGUUGUUGUGUUUAUGGGAUGCCUCGUCAAAUAAAUUCUCCGGGCGCAGCAUGCAGAUAGAAAGAAUACAAGCUUGUAACGGUAAAACCAUGCUGCAAUAAAACCCACAGUGAGCUCAAGAGGCAGUUGCAGAUGCUCGUUUUAAAUCCUUUUAAAAAUUAAGCAAUAUUAUCCGGCUGCAAACAGGUACGUUGCAGAAGUAAGCAAAAACCACCGUGUUUGACAGCAGAACAGACUGCCACAAGAGGCGGUGGACUCUCCUUCCUUGGAGGUUUUUAAGCUGAGGUUGGGUGGCCAUCUGUUGUGAUGAUCUAGUGGAGAUUUCUGCAUUAAAGGGGGUUGGGCUAGAUGACCCUCGGGGUCCCAAGUCUACAAUUCUGCAAUGUUGGCCACGCCCCGUGACAUCCUUGCAGCCCUUGUUGACUCGCUUUUUAUUCUCCUCCAUUUAUUCCUGGGAGCCUAUAAGCAAAAGAGAUGUCGGAGGUCGUUAACUCACAAAAGCACUUUGUGUUAACUACUUUUAAGUACCGUAUUUUUUGCUCUACAAGACUCACUUUUUCCCUCCUAAAAAGUAAGGGGAAAUGUGUGUGCGUCUUAUGGAGCGAAUGCAGGCUGCGCAGCUAUCCCAGAAGCCAGAACAGCAAGAGGGAUUGCUGCUUUCACUGUGCACCGAUCCUUCUCACUGUUCUGGCUUCUGAGAUUCAGAAUAUUUUUUUCCUUGUUUUCCUCCUCCAAAAACUAGGUGUGUCUUGUGGUGGUCUGGUGCGUCUUAUAGAGCGAAAAAUACGGUAAACAAAGCGGGCUCCUCGCCAUCACCCCAUUAAACCAAUCAUGUUUUUAACCCUCUUCCUCUUUGCUCUAGGGAUCUUCAGAGGUUUGGAGAGCUCCAGUCCGACUUGGCUGGGGUGGCUGACUUCUCGGCCACUUACCUUCGAUGCCAGCUGCUUCUCAUUAAGGUAGGGCUUCCUCUUGGGCAACACCUGGUCCUCUAUUCUGAACUUUUCCAGUAUGUUGUGGGGUGAUGCCCAUGCCGCUUCAAAAUCUAGCAGACAGCGAACAACACGCAGGCAGUUCAAAGCCAGUCAAACCCGGUGUGUGUGUGUGUUCAUGUGUUAUUUCCUGCCCAAAGCGCAGAGACCCCCUGCUUUGCUCAGUGUGAAAUUGCCAAUUUGUACUUCCAAACGACAGCAGAGGAAGUCCGGGAUAUCACGGAAGAUGUAUUAGGUAAACAGAACUGGAAUUCAGCACAUUAGCUAGGAGCUGACUCGGCAGCCUUUGGAGCUAUGGCAAUUUGCUGGCUUUGCAGGAAAAAAAAUUCUAGCUUCCUUCAGCACUCCCCAACCCCCAAUCCUGUAAACUGGGUACACGAUCUGUUAAGAUGCAGAAAUAGUUGGUAAGUGGAUGGAGACUGCUUGGUGUGAGACGGUCAACAUACCCUCCAACAUUCCAUGAUGAAAAUAGGAAAAUCCUACUGCAUAAUAGGGGACGCGGGUGGUGCUGUGGGUUAAACCACAGCGCCUAGGACUUGCCAAUCAGAAGGUCGGCGGUUCGAAUCCCCGCCACGGGGUGAGCUCCCAUUGCUCGGUCCCUGCUCCUGCCAACCUAGCAGUUCGAAAGCACGUCGAAGUGCAAGUAGAUAGAUAGGUACCGCUGUGGCGGGAAGGUAAAUGGCGUUUCUGUGCGCUGCUCUGGUUCGCCAGAAGCGGCUUAGUCAUGCUGGCCACAUGACCCAGAAGCUGUACGCCGGCUCCCUCGGCCAACAAAGCGAGAUGAGCGCCGCAACCCCAGAGUCGGCCACGACUGGACCUAAUGCUCAGGGGUCCCUUUACCUUUACCUUACUGCAUAAUAAUGAUAUUUUAUUUUAUUUUUGUUUUAUUCAUUCAUUCCCUGCCCAUCUGACUGGGUUGCCCCAGCCACUCAGGGCAGCUUCCAACAUACAUAAAAACCAUUAUAAGACAUUAAGCAUUUGAACAUUUUAAAACUUCCCUAUACAGGACUGCCUUCAGAUGUUAGUUAUAUCUUUGGCUCGGAGGGGGGGGGGGCAGGUCGCGUACUCCAUACCUUCUAGCAUUUCUGCAGUGGAAAUAGGGAUGUCCUAAGGAAAAGUGGGACAUUCCAGGAUCAAAUCAGAAACCAGGAUGGCUCUUGUAAAUUCAGGACUGUCCCUGGAAAAUAGGGACCCUUAGAGGGUCUGCGUCCAGCAGAAGCUGCUAUAGCCAGUGAGUUGUUUGCAGCUGCUUAGUGUAGGUGAACUCUCUUCUGUUCAGUAAGCACGAGACAAGCCCCAUGGGAAGCUAGAAGCUUACCAAGCUGUAAGCUGAGUUUUGGGCUUAGCUGAAUGUCAUUUUCUGUGUUUGCUUCUUCGUUAAACCUUUAGACCAUUCAGAGGAUCACAGGGUGGGUGGCAAAAGAUUUUAGAAGCAAGCAUUUAACACGAAGUGGUCAGCGUUAAAAUAAAAUUUAAUGAAACAGCGGCCAAGAUUUAUAGCCAGCAGCAGACGGAAGUUACCGUGCUCUAGAUCAGGAGCAAGAACACUUUUUUCCACCCCAAGGCCCACAUCCCCUUAGUGACAACCUCUUUUUGGGGGGGGGGGGCAUGUGCCAGUGUUGGGUAGAGACAGAGGCAAAAGUGGCUGGAGCAAUGAAUAUCCAUUUUGCCUUUUGAGCAGUAGAUUUUCUAUGCACACGCUCACGCCCCUUGUCUAUCCUUUCUCCAGGCAAGCAAGAAGCAUUGUCAGAGCUCAAAGACAUAGUCCAGCCAGGCAGAAACAGCUCGGGAGGAUGCAAAGCAGGGCUAGGGAAGGGUCUGAUGACUUGCAAGGGCCUCCAUGUUCGGGGCAGUGUACCACUCAAUGCCACUUGCUGGACAAGCCAACCACGAGAGAGGGCUGCUGGCGUUCCCUUCUUGCUUGGGAGCUUCCUUCGGGCUCCUAUGAGAAGCAACUUGCUCUUCCUUGAAAGGCCUUUUGACUUGAUCCAGCAGGAGGAUGCCCUUACAGCUUCCUCAGAAGGAAGGCGAAAUUGCAUCCUUUCCUCUGUUCGCCCUCCAGCCCAAAGAGCCCAGCUUAGGUUUCAACUCCUGGGUUGCACAGGCCAUAUCACAGUUAAUUCCUGGACGUCUCUUUCAGGCUCUCCAGGAGAAACUGUGGAAUGUCGCAGCCCCACUGUACGUGAAGCAGAACGCCCUGGCAGCAACCGCUGCAAAACAGGUAAGGCAGGGUGGAAAAAACAAACACGCAUUUCACAGAGGCAGAAAUCGCUGAGCAUUUGUAGGCUCCUUGCGUGUGUGUGUGGUUUUCUUUUACUUAAUUAUGUGCUAUUGGCUUGCAGAUUCCAGGAAAGCGAGCGGCCCUGUAGAGAGCUUCCUUUAAAAAAAAUAAAAAUAAAAACCUGAUGCUUAUACAGUGGUACCUCGGGUUAAGUACUUAAUUCGUUCUGGAGGUCUGUACUUAACCUGUAAAUGUUCUUAACCUGAAGCACCACUUUAGCUAAUGGGGCCUCCUUCUGCCGCUGUGCUGCCGGAGCACGAUUUCUGUUCUCAUCCUGAGGCAAAGUUCUUAACCUGAAGCACUAUUUCUGGGUUAGCGGAGUCUGUAACCUGAAGCGUAUGUAACCUGAAGCGUAUGUAACCCGAGGUACCACUGUAGUAGCACAGAAAUGCUAGUAUUUUUGCCUCAGUCUGUCUUGAACUAGUUCUGCAGAUUCCCAUCUGUCUGUGCCAGCACCCCGGUGGUAAAUCUGUCCAGAAUUGAGAAAAGUGCUGUUUCCUUGUCUAGAUUAUGGAAGAAACGUACAAGAUGGAGUUCAUGUACAGCGGCGUUGAACACAAGCAAGUGGUCAUCAUCCACCACAUGCGGCUGCAGGCGAAAGCCUUGCAGUUGAUAGUCACGGUGCGGACUACGAGAGGGUAAGGGAAAUCUCUGAGCUUUGGGAUGUUCUGGACUUGAACUGCAAGAUUUAAAUAGCUGGAGGCAAAUGAUGUGGUUGGCUGCGGAAGGUUCAGAAAAUGUUGGAUACUGAGCAGCUAGUGGGGUAAAAUAGCAGUGAUGUUGGGAUUAGAUCCUAGUUCAAAGGUAAAGGGACCUCUGACCGUUUGGUCCAGUCGCAGACGACUCUGGGGUUGCGGCGCUCAUCUCGCUUUAUUGGCCGAGAGAGCUGGCGUACAGCUUCCGGGUCAUGUGGCCAGCAUGACUAAGCCGCUUCUGGUGAACCAGAGCAGCGCACGGAAAUGCCAUUUACCUUCCCGCCGGAGCGGUACCUAUUUAUCUACUUGCACUUUGAUGUGCUUUCAAACUGCUAGGUUGGCAGGAGCAGGGACUGAGCAACGGGAGCUCACCCCGUCGUGGGGAUUCGAACUGCCGACCUCCUGAUCGGCAAGCCUUAGGCUCUGUGGUUUAACCCACAACGCCACCCGCAUCCCUAGCAUGACUCAAAUUCACGAAGAACUCUCAGAUAGUAAGAGCUGUUCUAACAGUAGAACUGUAGAUGCUUUAGUUGAGAUGCCCUUCAUUGCAAGAAUGUUAGAAAAAGGUUGGAGAAGAAUAUUAGACCGUAUUGGCAGACAGGGUAUAAUGGAAUAAGUAAAUAUGAAGUGUAAAAUGAGGAUAGAGGAGAAUUAAAUACUUUUGAAUGUUAAAAUAAGUAAAAGAAAAGAAGGUUAGAAGGAUUUGCUGGAGAUACGAUUUAAACUAGAAUACAAAGCAGGGAGGUGAGAGGAAGUCAUGGAAACAAGUAAAAGGGAAAAAGGUUGUAAUGGUCUAAUUUGAAUUUUGUUGUUUUUUACUGUGAUUUUUUGUCUUUCUUAUUUCUUUUUUAUUGUUUGUUUUUUGUAAGAUGUGUGUGGUUUGUUUUUUCUAUAUUUUUUGUAACUUUAAAACUGGAAUAAAUAUUCUUUAAAAAAAAAAAAAGAGAUGCCCUUCAUUGCAAGGGGCAAGAUGACCCUUGGAGCCCUUCCAACUCUACAAUUCUAUGAUGGCAUGAUUCUAGGAUCUCUGCUAUGCUAUUUGAAUGACAUAGGGAUGCGGGUGGCACUGUGGUCUAAACCACUGAGCCUCUUCGGCUUGCCAAUCGGAAGGUCAGCAGUUCGAAUUCCUGCGACAGGGUGAGCUCCCGUUGCUCCGUCCCAGCUUCUGCCAACCUAUUUAUCUUUUUUUGUGUUUUUAAUAUUUUGUUGGAAGCUGCCCAGAGUGGCUGGGGCAACCCAAUCAGAUGGGCGGCACAUAAAUAAUAAAAUUUUUGUUGUUCAUUUCCAGAGUGGAACCUCUCUUUGGAAUGUGCGAGAAGUUUUUGCAGGAGGUGGACUCUUUUCAGAGGUAUGUUUUCUUGUUUAGGGGACUCAGGCUCUACAGUGGUACCUCGAGUUAAGUACUUAAUUCGUUCUGGAGGUCCGUUCUUAACCUGAAACUGUUCUUAACCUGAAGCACCACUUUAGCUAAUGGGGCCUCCUGCUGCCGCUGCACUGCCGGAGCACCAUUUCUGUUCUCAUCCUGAAGCAAAGUUCUUAACUCGAGGUACUAUUUCUGGGUUAGCAGAGUCUGUAACCUGAAGCGUAUGUAACCUGAAGCGUAUGUAACCCGAGGUAUCACUGUAUACCUAGGCUCUAUCAUGUCAGACUGCAGGUGGGAACUCAAAAGGACUCCGUGCUCAUCUAUAAAAAAUAGAUUUAAAGCCCCCAUUCAGCUCCUUAUUGGCAGCUGCGGAGCCUUCAUCCAAACAAGCAUGGUUGCUUUUUUCCUACAGCUGCGCAGCAAGCAAUCAAAGGCCAACCUUUUUCACCAUGGGUUCUUUCCAAGUUUUUACUUUGAAAGGCCCAGGCAAACCGUAUCGGAUUUUCUUGUGGGUGAGACUAAGGUUGCCCCAAAUACGAGUCUAGGGAUUCCUUGGGGAGGGUCCUCUCUGAGCAGAGGGUAGAUCAGGAUCUGCUUUGCCUUCGCUCCCAAACUUUCCCCCACACUCUCCCUUUUUCACAGAUGUUUCAUUGCGGAGCUCCCUCAUAUGCAAGACAGUUUUGUGGACAAACUCCUGGACCUGAUGCCCAGACUAGUAACGUCAAAGCCUUCUGAAGUCGUCAAGAUCCUACAGGCAACGUUGCGGCAGAGUUGCUUCCUUUGCCUUCCUCUCCCUGAGAAGGUGAGUAUCUGGUUGGCAGCUGGGCAGCCAACUCUUAAUAAUAACAAUAAUAAUAAUAAUAAUAAUUUAUUUAUACCCUGCUCAUCUGGCUGGGUUUUCCCAGCCACUCUGGGCGGCUUCCAGCAAAACACUAAAAUACAAUAACCUGUUAAACAUUAAAAGCUUCCCUAAACAACUACUUGAAGUAAUUUUAAAAGCAGCCGUUUAAUGGUAUUUACAUGUUUCUUAUAUGAAUCGCCAUAUAAGCAUACUUUAUAAAUUUAUUCAUAAUGGAUGCGAUGGAAUGACCCUCGGUAAUGUACUUUCUGAUGUGUCUUAUUUAUUUUUAUGACUGCUUUGUUAUGCUUGUAAUUAUAUAAAUCUUUUCAUAGUGUAAGCUGCCUUGAGCAUUGUUUUAGCUAUGUAUGAUCAUAUGUAUUCCUAAUACAGUGGUACCUUGGUUCUCAAACUUAAUCCAUUCCGGAAGUCUAUUCCAAAACCAAAGCGUUCCAAAACCAAGGCGCACUUUCACAUAGAAAGUAAUGCAAAAUGGAUUAAUCCGUUCCAGGCUUUUAAAAACAAUCUGUAAAACAGCAAUUCAACAUGGAUUUUACUAUGUAACGAGACCAUUGAUCCAUAAAAUGAAAGCAAUAAACAAUGUGCUGCGGUCACACAGUCAGUCAAUCAGUAGCUGAACUGGGUUCCACGCAGUCACAAAAACAAAACUGCAAAAUAAAUAGCAGAAACAGCCAGACCUCAGUGUGACACUCAAAACGGAAGUGUGGCACUCAAAACAGAGCAUGUUCGGCUUCCGAAAAAAGUUCACAAACCGGAACACUUACUUCUGGGUUUGCAGUGUUUGGGUUCCAAGUUGUUUGAGUACCAAGGCGUUUGAAAACCAAGGUACCACUGUAAGCCAAAAUAUGAAAGGGGGGGGUGCCUGUGCAGAACACUUCUUUCCUCCUCCCUUCCCAACUGAGCAAUCAAACUAGGAAGGUUCUAACCAUGGUUUCCUACUUCAUCCAAACCAGAAAACCAUGGUUCCCAGCUACAAAACAAAGCAGGAUAUUAAGAUGUGCUUUGAAGUUGCAGAGACUAUCGUUUAUGGAGGAAGGCUUGCUCAUAUCUCAGUAUACUAAGCGGUGAUAAUCAUUUGAACUACAUUGUACUACAUUUCUAGAGUCCGUUGAAGAAGUUGGAAUCGUUUAGGCUCCUGGGCUCCUGCAGCUGUUUUGCUUUGGCCAACCGCAUGCACACUGCAGCUCCUCCGUUGCCGCCUCUGUAAAUUGACAAAACUGCUGAAUACAUUUUUCCAAGCCCAAAUAAAAAAGCGGAGGGGGUAACAAACAGGAAUUUUGAGAAGUAUGUGUGGCAGUGUGUGUGUGUGAUUUGGCAUCUUCCUUCUGCAGAUCCACCGAGCGACUGCCACCAUCAUUGAGCCGGCAGGAGAAUCGGACAACCCCUUGCGCUUCACGUCGGGAUUAGUGGUUGCGCUCGACAUUGAUGCAACUCUGGAACAUGUGCAGGAUCCUCAAGGCACUGUUAAAGUUCAGGUAAGGGGAAUAAAAGCAUUAAGGAUCGCCCCAAUGGUUGGAACCAGCUUUUAUCAACCUGGGCGCCCUCCAGCUGUUUGGGACUCCAACUCCCAUCAGCCCCAGCCAUCAUGGCCUUUGGUCAGGGAUGAUGGGAACUGUAGUCCGAAACAUCUGGAAGGCAGCAGAUUGGGGAAGGCUGCCUUAGUCCUAUGCCUUCGCGUGGAGUAUGAUGAAGUAGAGACUGAAGCAGCGCUACGCUUUUAGGUGGGUGGGAAUAGGAGAAAAAACUGCUUCUGUCUGCAUUUAAAGGCAUUUACCGUAUUUUUCACUCUAUAACACGCACCAGACCAUAACACGCACGUAGUUUUUAGAGGAGGAAAACAAGAAAAAAAAUAUUCUAAACGAAACAGUGGAUGUAUGAUUUUUGUGGUUCAUGCUGUGGCCACAGACAUGUGAUCUGACGGUUAGUUUGGGGUAGCCCAAUGCAAAGAUCCUGAGGAUCCAUGUGGAUCCAUGCUUUGCAACCACGUUUUUGCACCACUGCGGCCCCAGGCAACAGUGGGUGCGUGAUUUUUUUGGUGCAAGAUGUAGCCAUGGACAUGCCAUGUGAUCUGAUGGUGAAUUUGGGGUGACCCAGUGCAAAAAUCCUGAGGAUCCAUGUGGACCCGUGCUUUGUAACCACGUUUUAAGUGGGGAGGGAAGGAAAAGCACUCAAGGGACAAGGAGCACGUGUGGGGUGUGUGGAGAAGGAUGCUGCUAAUAAUGCAGGAGAGGGGUUUAAGGGGAGAAGGAACACGCGUGGGUGUGUGGAGAAGGAUGCUGCUAAUAAUGAAGAAGAGGGUAUAAGGGGAGAAGGCUCCUCUCCUCUCCCACUUUGCUCCAUUAACGCAAGCAGGCUCUGCUUUUCUCCCUCCUCACCGCUCAUCCCCGGCUUAGCGAGCUGAAAAACUUUGCUGCUAUGUAGCGAGCUGAGUGGGGAGGAAAGAGGGACAGAGAGCCUGCUUGCUUUAAAGGAACCAUCCGGACAGGACCCGCUUACACUCGUGUAAGCGGCUCCUCCCCUCUCCCGCUUUGCUCCUUUAAAGCAAGCAGGCUCUCUGUCCCUCUCUCCUCCCCACUCAGCGGCUCUUCUCCCGCUUUGCUGUUUCAAAGCGAGCCACGGAGGAGGGAAGGAAGGGGAACCAUGGAUCCUCUGCUCACGACUGCAGCAGAUCCUCCCGCCGCCCGUAGGCAUUCGCUCCAUAACACGCACAGACAUUUCCCCUUACUUUCUAGGAGGAAAAAAAGUGAGUGUUAUGGUGCAAAAAAUACGGUAAUUCGCUUUUUCUGACACAGUAAAGGGACCAAAACAUUUGUACUUCUCCAGAUUUUGCAGUGCAGUUCCGCAGCCAAGUAACGUGUACUGGGAUAAAGCGUGCCUUAAAAAUUCAAAUGCUAGUGAAAAAUAACAUACGCAAAUUCAGUAUAAUGGAGAAAGCAAUACUAAUACUAAUACUAAUACUAAUAAUAAUAAUAAUAAUAAUAAUAAUUUAUUAUUUAUACCCCGCCCAUCUGGCUGGGUUUCCCCAGCCACUCUGGGUGGUUUCCAACAGAAUAUUAAAAUACAAUAGUGUAUUAAACAUUAAAAGCUUCCCUAAACAAGGCUGCCUUCAGAUGUCUUCCAAAAGUCUGGUAGUUGUUUUUCUCUUUGCCAUCUGGUGGGAGGGCGUUCCACACGGCAGGUGCCACUACCGAGAAGGCCCUCUGCCUGGUUCCCUGUAACUUGGCUUCUCUCAGGGAAGGAACCGCCGAAGGCCCUUGGUGCUGGACCUCAGUGUCCGGGCAGAACGAUGGAGGUGGAGACGCUCCUUCAGGUAUACAGCUUUGCAGAAAUGUGUAUCUUGGGCAAAAUUGCACACAGAAAUGUGUUCAUUAGCAGAAAUGCACCCUGAAAUGCUGGUUAAUUUUCACGAGGACUUUAAAAACAAUAAUGGCAAACUGAUGUAGAAAUGUGGAGGAGUGUACUUAAGACGGGAAAAAGAAGGAAACGAGAGAAACCAAAAUGGACAGAUUUGCCCAUCGCUAGAUGUGUGUGUCGGGUGUGUGUUUGGGGGGGAGGGGUCUUCUCGCUUCAGCAACUCUUUUUUGCACAUUGUUGUGGGUUAAAUCACAGAGCCUAGGACUUGCUGAUCAGAAGGUUGGCGGUUUGAAUCCCCACGACGGGGUGAGCUCCCGUUGCUCGGUCCCUGCUCCUGCCAACCUAGCAGUUCGAAAGCACGUCAAAGUGCAAGUAGAUAAAUAGGUACCGCUCCAGCGGGAAGGUAAAUGGCAUUCCCGUGCGCUGCUCUGGUUCACCAGAAGCGGCUUAGUCAUGCUGGCCACAUGACCUGGAAGCUGUACACCGGCUCCCUCGGCCAAUAAAGCGAGAUGAACGCCGCAACCCGAGAGUCGGCCACGACUGGACCCUAGCGGUCAGGGGUCCCUUUACCCUUUACCUUUAUCUGCAAAGAAAACUGAAUGCAAAAACUCCAGGCAGCCACGAAGCAGCUCAUGAUGCAUUGUUGAAGGAAAAGUCCCUGACCUUGGGGAGACUGGGCUGAAACUGUGCCGUCAUCCCCCUUUCAGUGUGCACACAAUUAUGCCCUACAUAAUGCGAGUAACGUUUGCAUGGGGCUUCUGUGUUCCUGACUCCCUGUGCCUCAGCACUGACAAAUCCCACUCUUCCCUUAUAGGUUGUAUACCCUGACGGGCAGGCACAGCUCAUCCAUCCUAAACCAGCAGACUUUCGAAACCCCGCUCCUGGAAGGCACCGGUUAAUUACUCAGGUUUACCUCUCUCACACUGCCUGGACAGGUAAGGAGGAUGCUGGAUCCAGUAGAUUCUGCAUGGGGAAGUCUUUACCGUGAAGGUUUCGCUUGAGCACUUAGGGGUUCUGUGGCUUCUUUCUACUGCUGGCAUUGGGCGGAAACCAAUGCAGCAAGUCGCCAGAAAAGGCACAUGAUAUGUGAUUGGUUGAAUCAACCGCCCGUCUCCCAGAAAAUGCCCUGCAUUCAGUGGUAGAGAAAGAUUUCAUCGUGGUUCAAGCUAUAGGAGCUCGCUCUUGUUGGCUCAACAGGUUAUAUAGAACAAUAGACAAUUGCUUGUUAAAAAACAAACCAGACUAGCAUAAUUUAAAGUUUGUGAUGCAGUACUUCAUAUAUGGAGAAGCUACAGUCUUUCAGAUAUUAUUGCACUCCCAGUUCCCAGCAGCCUCAGAGAGCAUGGCCUAAACAGGAAUGAUGGGAGGUGGAUAACAACAACAAUUUAUACCCUGCCCAUCUGUCUGGGUUUCCCCAGCCACUCUGGGCAGCUCCCAACAGAAUAUUAAAAACAUGAUAAAAGAUCAAAUAUGAAAAACUUCCCUAAACAGGGCUGCCUUCAGAUGUCUUCUAAAAGUCAGGUAUAGUGGUGCCUCGGGUUACAUAUGCUUCAGGUUAAAGACUCCACUAACCCAGAAAUAGUACCUCAGGUUAAGAACUUUGCUUCAGGAUGAGAACAGAAAUCGCGUGGUGGCGGCGCAGCGGCAGCUGGAGGCCCCAUUAGCUAAAGUGGUGCUUCAGGUUAAGAACAGUUUCAGGUUAAGAACGGACCUCUGGAACGAAUUAAGUAUGUAACCAGAGGUAUCACUGUAGUUGUUUAUUUCCUUGACAUCUGAAGGGCGGGCGUUCCAUAGGGCAGGCGCCACCACCGAGAAGGCCCUCUGCCUGGUUCCCUGUAACCUCACUUCUCGCAGUGAGGGAACUGCCAGAAGGCCCUCGGAGCUGGACCUCAGUGGAACUGAUCGAUGGGGAUAGAGACGCUCCUUCAGGUUCCACAGGUUCCCCCACCCCUGCCAUACUGCUUGUUGCACCCAAAGACAAUCUGUAGUUUAAGGCCGGGGCACCUAACUUUUGCUUUUGACCUUAAGUCUGUCUGCACUGGAGAUCAGCUGCCAGAAACCACAGGAGCGGGAGAGCGCUGUUGCUCUCAGGCCCUGCUUGCGGGCUUUCCUCAAGCACCUAGUUGGCCACUGUGAAAGCAGGAUGCCGGACUAGGUAGUCUAACCUGGCAGGACGCUACUUAGCUUCUUAUAACUCGCUCCCUUUUUACACCCCCAGAGCCCUGUCAGAUCGAAGUGCGGCUGCUGCUGGCGUAUGGUUCGGAUCGAAACAAAACAUCCGCGAGGCUCUCGCGCACCACCUGGGGAGACAGUCUGGAUCUGCCCCCCCAGGCCGAGAAUGGCAUCGAGGGAACCAUCCCUUUCAGCAAGCCUGUCAAAGUUUACAUCAUGCCCAAGCCAGCCAGGCGGUGAUGGCUGCCUUUGAAGGCACCCUUUUUUUAUUGAUACGAUUCCUGCGGGAGAUCUGAGACCUUUCUAGCUCGGUUGGCACAUGCACACGGAAGAUCAAGGUGGGACUGCAGUGCAAGGGCUGGAAAUCACCCUUAAAAUUGAGCGGUUUUGUCUUCGAAAUGUUUCCUGGCUGGCAGAAAUUGAGACGCCCCCGGAUUGAAUCGACCACCAAACCGGCUUCCCAUCUGACUGAUCGUCAGAGCUGCUGCGAAUACACAGAAGGCUUUCUGGGUGCCCCGGUGCUGCUAAGGGGUUCGUGAGAAGCGUCCUCAGCCAUGCCAAGGACUCUUCCACACUUUCCAAAACUCACAGAGGCCACAGGCUGGCCUCCGAUUGAGGAGGAAACACAUGGCUGGCAGGAUGUUGUGGGCAGUGGUUCAGCAACAGCCAAGGGCUCCUGGCAUCCUCCAUUGAGAAAAGUCCCGGAGCUGAUUAUUUCUCUGUGCCUGCUGUAUAUAUAUAUAUUAAAUUGGACGGGGCAUUUCUUUUCCUAUGAGCUGAUAACUGUCUACAGCAGUCGUCCUUGAGAACAACUCCCUUAUCUUAAAAGUGUGGUUCAUAGCCUCUCCUGCCGUUGGGACCACCAUUAAUUUAUUCAAGGCUCUCCGAUUUUUUAAUAUAUGCCACUGUGCCUCGCAAUGUACUGUAUUUUUUGCUCCAUAGGACGCACCUUGUUUUAGAGGGGGAGAACAAGAAAAAAAAAUUCUUCCCAUCUCUGCUCAUCACCCCUUCAGCAAAGCGGCAGGAGAAACGGAGCCCCUUCCAUUUCUCCUCCCGCUUCGCUGAAGGGGCGCUGCGCAGCUCUCCCUCUCUGCUGAAGCCAGGAGUCUUGCUCUCCCGGCUUCAGCAAAAGGAACCCGAAGCCUUCGGAGCGCAGCGCGAGUUCCCGCUGCGCUCCAAAGGCUUCAGGCAGCUAUCCCUGAAGCCUGGAGAGCAAGAGGGGUCGGUGCGCACCAAUCCCUCUUGCUCUCCA